AUGAACGUGGAGGACUGGGGGAAACCAUUUGUUGCAGUGAUUCAACUGUGGUGUAGGAAAGAGAUAGCCUGGUGGACUUCCCUGUUAAGGGUGCAUGACACUGCAAAGAAAGAACCUAAAGACACAACCAAGCCUAGUGAGAACACAGAGAAACAGUUGUUCAACAAAGCAGUAGACUCUGCUAUUGCUCAGUCUGAGAAAGGCUCUUCCUCUCCACAACAGGUCACACCUGCAACACUGAACAGGAAAAUGGAAGAAAGGAGCACCAAUGGAGUGAUUGUGGGCCUGGAACCAACCACAUCAGCCUUGAUUACAGAGGUGAUGGGAACGUAUGAUUAUAACCACACCUAUCAGGGACAUUGUUUCAUGGAGGUGACAAUUCUCAUGUGGUUGAAUGUCAUCAUUGAUGUGAUUGGACUGGCAGGAAAUACAGCUGUGAUCUGGCUCCUUGGCUUCCGGAUUCGAAGAAAUGUCAUCUCAGUUUACAUCCUAAACCUGGCUGUGGCUGAUUUUUUCUACCUUUGCUCUAAUUUUAUAGCAGGCCUGAGCUUCCUCAGUGUUAUUAGCCUGGAACGUUGCCUGUCUGUCCUGUGUCCCAUCUGGUACCGGUGCCACCGCCCAACACAUGUAUCAUCCUUCAUGUGUGUGAUAGUAUGGACACUGUCCUUGCCAUUGGCUUUUUUGGUAUCUUAUUACUGUCAAGGCCUACUUACCUAUUUUGACUGGAAGUCAUGUCUGUUAGUCAGACUUUCUAGUGCUGGAUACUUGCUAUGUUUAUUUGUGAUUCUCUCAGGGUCCAGCCUGGCUCUGACUGUAAGGAUGUUCUGUGGCCCUCAACGGAUGUCACUGACCAGGUUGUAUGUGACCAUCCUGCUCACAGUACUGGUCUUCAUCUUCUGUGGCCUACCCCAUGGCAUUGGCUAUUACCUACACGGUGUGACUUAUGUUGUGUUUCAGUUCACCUGUUACUCUCCUAACCUUUUAUUUUUACUAACUUCUAUUAACAGCUGUGCCAACCCCAUUAUUUACUUCUUUGUUGGCUCCUUUCGGCAGCAGCAGAGGCAGACCCUUAAGCAUGUUCUGCAGAGGGCUCUGCAGGACACUCCUGAAGACAAUGAACGUGGAGGUAGCCUUUCUCAGGGGACCCUGGAGAUGUCUGGAAGCAGAGUGGAGCAAUGA